AUAAGGACGUGGUUUGUUCCGGUGAAAAGUGGAUUUGGCCGCUCCGAGAUAGACGGUUUUUAGAGUAGGUUUUUAUCAUGUUUUAGGCAACAAAUGUACAUAUUUUAGCACUAGACGGUUUCAUUUGUGAAUACAAUGAGACCGUUGCGUUUUUACUCUAAAUACUCGGCACUGUAACGGCUCGCCACCGCCUGAAGAAACAAUGCAGGCCUAGGUAGCAUUCAGCCUUAGUUCACCAUCGGAUAACGCUGCUCCUGCAGACUGCGAGAGUGGGAUUUAAACCUCGGACGAAGCCGUGUUUCCGAAGCUGAAAUAACACCAAAUGCGCUAUGAGUUCUCAGCUGCAGGUCUUCUCGCCCCCAUCGAUCUCCUCCAGUGCCUUUUGCCGCGUCAAAAAGCUCAAGGUGGAGAGCAAUGUUUGGGACGUGUCCACCACUGAAGCUUACAGCUCCAUAGCAGGCCAGUCGGCGUACACGUUCACCCCCGCCAUGGCCGUGCCGCCCUUUGCGCCGUCCCUCGUCUUCCCUCCCGCAGCGCCCGGCUCCCGGGGUCAGGUGGUGGUGAGGGCGGCCGACAGCACCGGCAGUCUUCCCCGGGGGUCCAGCCGACGCGUCACCGAGCAGGCGAUAUCCUCCUCCUACGCCCACGAAACGUCCUCCGAAACGAGGGGGCACAGACACGGGCAGAAGAGGAAGAUCGAGGAGGCCAGCGAGGGCAGCGGGAGUGGUUGCGGCAGCGUUCAGAUACUGGAGGAGCUCUCGGCUCCCGCAGCAGCUUAUUCCACCCGUACCGGGGGCGGCGGAGGAGGGGGCACGGGCCAGUCUAUACCUCACUCGGCUCCAACCACCAAGAGCAGCAGCUCCAACGGGGAAGGGGAUUAUCAGCUUGUGCAGCACGAGAUCCUCUGCUCCGUGUCCUGCAGCUAUGAAGUGCUGGAGUUCCUGGGAAGGGGCACGUUCGGACAAGUGGCCAAGUGCUGGAAGAGGGGCACCAAUGAGAUUGUAGCGAUCAAGAUUCUGAAAAACCACCCGUCGUAUGCUCGCCAGGGUCAAAUUGAGGUGGGCAUCCUGAACCGACUGAGCGCAGAGAACGCAGAUGAAUAUAACUUUGUGCGUUCGUACGAAUGCUUCCAACACAAGGGUCACACCUGCUUGGUGUUCGAAAUGCUAGAGCAGAAUCUGUACGAUUUCCUCAAGCACAGCAAGUUCAGCCCCCUCCCACUACGACACAUCCGACCCAUCCUGCAGCAGGUGGCCACAGCACUGAUGAAACUGAAGAGCCUGGGCUUGAUCCACGCAGACCUAAAACCUGAAAACAUCAUGCUGGUGGACCCUCACCGACAGCCCUACAGGGUGAAGGUGAUUGACUUCGGCUCGGCAAGUCACGUGUCCAAAGCGGUGUGCUCAACCUACUUACAGUCUCGCUACUACAGGGCUCCGGAGAUCAUUUUGGGCCUCCCCUUCUGUGAGGCCAUUGACAUGUGGUCUUUAGGCUGUGUGAUCGCUGAGCUGUUUCUGGGUUGGCCUCUCUACCCUGGAGCCUCGGAGUACGACCAGAUCCGUUACAUUUCUCAGACACAAGGCCUGCCAGCCGAGUACCUACUGAGCGCCGGCACCAAGACGAGCCGCUUCUUCAACCGCGGCUCCGACUCCAGCUACCCACUGUGGAGGCUUAAGACCCCGUCAGAGCAUGAAAUGGAGAUGGGCAUCAAAUCCAAGGAGGCCAGGAAGUACAUCUUCAACUGUCUAGAUGACAUGAUGCAGGUCAACCUGUCUUCUCAUUUGGAGGGCACGGACAUGCUGGCCGAGAAAGCUGACAGACGAGAGUUUAUAGACCUGUUGAAACGAAUGCUCCGUCUGGAUGCUGACAAAAGGAUCACGCCUACAAAAACCCUGGGUCACCCCUUUGUCACGAUGAGCCACCUUAUGGAUUAUCCCCACAGCUCCCACGUGAAGUCGUGCUUCCAGAACAUGGAGAUCUGCAAGCGCCGGAGCGCCUACGACAGCGGCAAGUCCCUGUACUCCACCAACGCGGUCCCCAGCGCCGCCGCGGGCAACCUCACCGUUACCUUCAGUAGCCAACUCAACCAGCAUAACCAGGUGCCUUCUGCAGGGGGCGCUGUGCCUUUGCUAAACUAUCAGCCAGCUCUGUACCAGCAGGCGACCAUCAACAUUCCCGGGCUGACUCAACAGAGUGUCCCAAUUCCAACGCGCCCUGCUGGGCUGUGUAGCCAGACUGAACCCUUCCAGCAGACCCUCAUCGUCUGCCCACCCUCCACGCUUCAAGGGCUGCAGCCAACCAGUAAGAGUUCGAGUUUUCCCGUGAGGGUGGAGAACUCUGUGCCCAUAGUACCUCAGAACCAGUCUGCACAGCCUCUGCAGCUCCAGCCAAGUAUGCUCACACAGGGUUCCUGUACACCCCUGAUGGUGGCCACCCUGCACCCACCCCCAGCAGGCUUAGCCUCCCAGUAUUCUCUGCCCCUUGGGCUGGGCGCCGGGGUGGGUCGGCCCACCCUACUGGAGCACACAGCCACAGUGCUGCAGGCCUGGCCCACUGGUACCCAACAAAUCCUCAUACCGUCGUCAUGGCAGCAGGUCCCAGGUGUGGCCAUCCACAGCUCUGCCCAUCAGUCGAAUAUCAAUGAAUCGCCCCUGGAAGCGGUUCACUCGGACGCUGCCAUGCAGCAGGGACACAGCUGGCGGAGCAUAACUCAGACCAGGACUCAGCAGGAGAGGAAGAAGGUGAAACCCCGACGUGGAGAGAACAGGAACAGGGGUCUAUCCACCGCCUCAUUACUCAGCAGCAGCGGCGUGACGCCACCGAGCUCCAGCGCCACCUUGUCUCAGCCCAUCAUCAUCUCCGACACGCCCAGCCCAGCGGUCAGCAUCAUCACUAUUCACAGCGACACCGACACCGAGGACGAGCGCAAGUUUCAUCCGGCCAGUGUUGGGUUGAGCCAGCGCACCAACGUUAUCAGCUGUGUGACGGUGCACGACUCGGACUCCUCUACAGCCAGCCCCCUGACCCCUCUCCCCCGCACGUUCAACCCUGCGAGCAGCAUCUCCUCCCGUCAGGCCAAGUCUCUGGCCGUGGUGGCUCCUUCCGUCAAAACGCAGGCGUCCGAGAGGGGCGCGCUCUCACGUGGGCGCCAAGAGACCGUGAACUACGUGAAGCCUAAGAGGUCAUCUAACCGACAGCCCUGCAGCUCGGGGGAGAGCGUGGAGCGUCACGGACUGGUGGCGAGCCAGUCGCACCCCUUAAACCUCAGCCAGGUCCAGCCGGUGGUUUCUUCAUCUCAGGAGCGUUCGGGGGCGUCCCACGGCGACUCGUCUCUGCGCCGCCAGCAGACGUUCCCCCCGGCCGUCUCGGCCUCUCACUACAGCUUCCCCGAGGUGUCCGCCCUGGCGUCGGGCUCGGCCGCGGGCCUCUACACCUACCCGGCCUCCACCGCCCUCUCCUCAGCUUCUCAGGCCAUGGAGCAGCUGCUGGGCCGCGGCCACGGCAGCCACGGACACUCCCCCUCCGCCUAUGCAGCAACGUACACCUCAUCCUCCUCCUCCAGGAGAGACUCGGCCAGUCGGAAGGAUUCAGUCAGUAGUCUGCUGCACGGCCUCCCCGCGGCCUACCAGCAUCAGUUCGCCACUGGUUCUCCCUACGUCAGUGUGACCCCGCGCGCCGAGGCCUACACCGCCUACCAGCUUAGCCCUCGGCGCCUCACGCAGUACCCCUACUUGUAGGAAGAGGAAAGAAUAAUAAAAAAAAAAGAAUCUACUUCCCGGCAUACUAUCACAAAGGGACAUUUAAACUGUAACUGUCAGUCACUUUUUAGUUGCUUCUUUUAACUACAAGAAAGCAUUUCACCUCUAGCUCAUUUAUAUGCUCCUUUGGACUGUUUUUGAAUUGUUUGUUCGUAUUAUUUGUGACGUAUCAUGUUAUGAUUUUUCUCCUAAAAACUUCGUCCGUGGCCCACGUUCUGCCCCCACCCCCCCCUCCUCCCCACAUCGUACCCUGAUUACGGCGUCGUGGUAAAUGUGUUUUUUCCACCUGUUUAUCUUGAGGUUUUGUGCGAAGAGAGAUUUCAGCCCUGUCAAACUUCAGGUGAGCUUCUACGUUACUAGAGAAGCUGAAAGUUCUUUGUUUGUCACGAGCCUUACUCACAAAGUAUUCACACUAACCCACUGAGGCCCCCCUCCCACCGAGGCGUUUUUAGUGACCAUAAUAAUGACUGUACCUUACCCAUGUCUGUUUACUCUCACUUAUGUCUUUUAACUGUUUUUAAAUUAUGUUUCGUGUGUGAGGUAGGAAGAGGAACGCUCACAAAAGAAGAUGUGGAAAAGAAAUGUGGUGAAAACUGUGAUGGAUACAUGUUAAUUUAAGUGCACAUGUGAUAGUCUGUUAAUGUAGUGACAGUGUUUAGGCACGAUCGACCAUGUUCCUUAUGCAAUAGAACCUUUUUUUUUUUUUGUUAAAUACUACAACAACUGAGUGCUGAAUGUAUUUAUGAAGUUCAGAGUGGGAUCCUGAGGAAUGAAAAGCUUUUGUUUUUAAAGGUAAAAAAAAAAAAACCCCUCCCCUGUUCUCUCCUUUUCAAAAUAUGAAAAAAAAAGAAAAAAAAAUCAGUUUCAUAUGGACUGAAAAAAAAACUCUAUAUACAUGAAUAUGUGAAUCCUGAUUGUGUAGGACCUGCUCAUAUUAAAUUGAAUUUCUGGCCAGUUUUGUUUGAAAUUUGUCCCACGUUCUCUCUUUUUUUUUUUUGGAAACGCUCGCGAGGAGGCUGUACUAAACUACCCACUGUGCUGCUCGAGGGCAGAUUCGUAUGCAAAUCCUUGUCAUCGUCGAGUGUUGUAUCCGUGCCAGUCGGAGGUGCUCCUCCGUUCGAGGCCUGAACAGACUUGUACCUGUUCCUGCCUUUCAUUGAAAGCAGGUUCAUCUCCGGAUGGUUUCUUGGGGGGUUCAUGAAAGCAUUUUGUUUUCGUUGUUUUUUUUUUUUACACCCUUCCUUGUGUUUGCAUCAGUUUUGUGUUGUAUUGUCUGAAUAUUUAACUGUAUUUCAUCUUAACAUAGUAUAGUUAAGAGGCUAUUCGGUAGAACUAAUUCAGGGAAAAAGGUUUCAGCUCCAAUAAUCCACUGUCACUGUUUUCCAAUAAAAUAACCACAAACACA